CUUUAUUUGGGAAGGCCGGAAGUGCGCGCGGUGCGGCGGUGCUAUUGGCUGAGCGGGGCGCGAGAGCGGCGGCGCAGGCGGAGCGGAGCGCAGACUCACACACCGCUGAUUUACACAGAGAACCGGGGAAUAAACCGCGGAUUCCAGCUGAAGGCUUGACCAUUAUGGAAGCGCUAGUUGAGCGACUGGAACAGGCCGUGAUUCGGCUGGAGGCCGUUUCAUCCAAACUCCAGGGUUGCUCUGGAGGCUUGAUCAAUGGUGUCAUUAAUGGAAUCAAUGGUGAAAGCCAGUGCAUGGAUGCAUUUGACCGUUUACUGAAAGGUUCCCUAUCUGAAUACUUGAAGAACAGCCGGACUAUUGGAGGCGAUGUGGCUCAGCAUGCGGAGAUGGUACAAAAUGCCCUGCAGGUGCAGCGGACAUUCAUCAAAAUGGCCUCCACACACCAGGAACCUGCACAGGCAGAGCUGGCAGAUCUCCUCAGGCCCAUCUCAGAAAAGAUUGAGGAGAUCCAGAACUUCCGAGAGAAGAACCGAGGCAGCCAGCUGUUUAACCAUCUGUCCGCCGUCAGUGAGAGCAUUCCCGCACUGGGAUGGGUUGCAGUGAGUCAGAAGCCGGGGCCCUAUGUAAAGGAGAUGAAUGAUGCUGCUAUGUUCUACACCAACAGAGUCCUGAAAGACUACAAAGACACUGACCCCUGCCAUGUCGAGUGGGUGCGCUCAUACCUGAAUAUCUGGACUGAACUGCAGACCUACAUCAAACAGCACCACACCACUGGACUGGUCUGGAGCAAGACUGGUCCUGUAGCUCCUCCAUCUCUGUUUGUGGCUAAGCCUGCUGGUCCCUGCCCUCCUCCUCCUCCACCACCACCUCCACCCAUAUUCACAGACGAGGAGCCUAAACCUGACAACAGUGCGGCCCAGCGUUCAGCUCUGUUUGCCCAGCUCAACCAGGGGGAGGCCAUCACUAACAGGCUGAAGCAUGUGUCCGAUCAGCAGAAGACCCAUAAGAACCCAAACCUACGUUCUCAGGGUGAAGCACAGAAGACCUCUCCAACAAAAGGCAAAGCAUCCAGCUCAUCUGCUCCCACACCAGCCAAGAAACACUCACCUGUACUGGAACUGGAGGGGAAGAAGUGGAGGGUGGAGUAUCAGGAGCAGACCCAUGAUCUGGUGAUAGAGGAGACUGAGCUAAAACAGGUGGUUUAUAUCUUUAGCUGCAACAACUCCACAAUUCAGAUCAAAGGCAAAGUCAACUCAAUCAUUGUGGACAACUGCAAGAAGCUUGGACUUGUGUUUGAAAAUGUGGUUGGAAUACUUGAAGUUAUCAACUCCAGGGACAUUCAGCUCCAGGUCCUGGGGAAAGUGCCUACCAUGUCCAUCAAUAAGACAGAGGGAUGCCACGUCUACUUGAGUAAGGAGUCUCUCGACUGUGAGAUUGUCAGUGCCAAGAGUUCUGAAAUGAACAUCCUGGUUCCUCAGGAAGAUGAUGACUAUAGAGAGUUCCCAGUGCCAGAGCAGUUCAAGACAGUUUGGGAUGGGUCCAAGCUGGUGACAGAGCCAACAGAGCUUGCUGGUUGACCGACAGCUUCGUUAUGCUUCCCAGAACAUCUCUACUGGUAGCCCCCAAUCAGUCAGUGCUGGUCUCUCAGACACAAAUUAGGCUUAGUCCCAGUCCUAAAUGAUGCUGGCAGUGAGAGUUCUCCACUGAAAAUCCCUUUUGUAGUGUAAGACAAUCUGUGCUAUAUGAUUAAGACCCAGACUAGACUAACAUCUAUUAGCACAAUUCCAUAGUUUAGAGGAUUGGAUGCAGGUAUUAGAGAUUGUUUUACUGAGAUCAUUUUUCCUUUACAGCUAACUGAUCAGAUUUUACACUCUAGAUUAUAUUAAAUUUGAAUUUCUGCUGAUCUGGAGUCAGCAAAAAACAGCAGUUAAGGUAUAUCAUCUUUUUAAAGUGGUCCCUGAUAAUACUAAAGCAAUUCUAUUUGUUUUAUUAGUGUAAUUUUGAGCAUCAUGUUUCAGACUUUUGCAUUUUGUGUUUGGCAGUUAUCUGCCUUUGUGUUGACAAAAGUAAAAUAUUUUCCUCAAUCCUGUUUUCCAUGGAAGUUUUUUUUUGUUUUGACACAAGUGUCUCAGACACAGACUGAGACAGUCCUACAUGAUAAGCCCACGGAAUCAAAUAAGUCUAACCUAAUUAAACCUCACACUCUAGCACUGCUUAGUCUGUGUGUGUGAAGCUGCUUGAUGUAUGAAUUUUAUAACUUUUCUUUGUUAGUUAUCAAAGAUUUCAUGUAAUGUAACCAUUAGUUGUUUAUUUUUUAACAUUGUUUUAUCAUGUUUUAAUAUUUUUUAAGCCCGUCAACCAGUAUAAUAAUAUCAGAUGCACAGGCAUACACUGAUCAGCCAUAACAUUAAACCCACUUGCAUAAUAUAAUGUUAAAAUAUCCUUGUGCCACCAAAACUUAUCUAACCCAUUAGGUCAUAGACUUCACAAGACCUCUGAAGACAGUAGCAGCAGAUCAUUUAGAUCCUGUACUUUGUGAGAAAGAGCCUCAAUGAAUUGCAUCACUGAGCCUUGAAGGCCCAUGUUGCUGGUUCACUGGUUGUCCCUCCUUGGGGCACCUUUAGUGGGUCAUUUUUAUGAUUACUGCAAUAUUUUGGUACACAAACAGAAUGUAUCAGUAGUGGCAGAUUCUUAAAAACAGCUAUUCAAAUAAUAUACUGUAUUACUAAUAUAGUAACAAUAUGUAUAUUAAAUUAAUAAUAAUAUAGUACUAUACUGCUAAUUAAAAAUAAACUAUGUACAAUGUUUAAUACAGUUUUUAUUCAAUAAAUUGGUCAUUGAGGAAAUGGACCAGGAACAUAGUGUUAUGCUGUGUUUCGGUUGUUGUUGUUAGUUGGGUGAAUAAUAGAUCCUGGCUGAGCCCUGGGCAUAACUCCAGUUGUUAGGUGCAGGAUUUAUCAUUUUUCUGUAUUAUAUUACUUGCUGCACUGCAUUCAAAUAAACAUGAUGAAUUACGCUCUUUGUAAUGAAAUGUACAGGAGUUCAGUGUUCUUUUAUCACUUAUGAUAUUCACAAUAUGUUCAGAAGAGUACAGUAAAUCCAAAUACAAAUAUUGUCAUUUAAAGCAUUUAUUUGCAGGAAAUGAGAAAUGGCUGAAGUGACAAAAAAGAAGAGCUUUCAGACCUCAAAUAAUGCAAAGAAAACACGUUCAUAUUCAUUAAGUUUUAAUAGUUCAGAAAUCAACAUUUGGUGGUUUUUAAUCACAGUUUUUAUGCAUUUUGGCAUGUCCUCCUCCACCAGUCUUACACACUGCUUUUGGAUAACGUUAUGCCACUUCUGGUGCAAAAAUUCAAGCAGUUCAGCUUGGUUUGAUGGCUUGUGACCAUCCAUCUUCCUCUUGAUUAUAUUCCAGAGGUUUUCAUUUGGUGAAUUCAAUGAAACUCAUCAUUUUUAAGUGGUCUCUUAUUUUUUUGACCACUCUUCAAUAAAACAUAGUCACAUUGCCCAUGCCUAGUUUGGCUAUAAUUCUUCUUAUUUAUUCUGUCUACAUGAACUUCAAGAACUGACUGUUCACUUACUGCCUAAUAAAUAGAUCCCAAGUCUUGAUAGAUGACUUGAUAGAAGAUAACAUUUUUGGUGGUUUUAAUAUUAUGGCUGAUUGGUGUACGUUUCUAGUACAAAAGUGAUUUGUCAAUUUGUGCCAUCAUGAUUGUACACUGAAAUAUUGUUUGUGCAUGCGCAGAAGUUUAAUGUUAGAUAAUAAUCACAUGAACAGCACAAUAUUAACUGUAGUUAAAACAGCUGCUGUUAUUCUUCAGUAUCUGCUCUGUACUGUUACCUGUCUGUCUUGCUCUGAGAUUGUUAAAAAUGAUCUAUUGUAGACAUUAAGGGAAAUUCACAAACUGACACAUAAUUAUGAUAUCCCCAUAUGUUUCUUCAGCAGCUUUUGAAUGUCUCAUGUCUGUUUAUGUAAUAGGAAUGUAAUCACUUAUUUUAGGAAUUAGGUAAUCAGUGCAAUUUCUAAAACACCGGUCAGAUUUAGUUGUCUGUUUGUUGAUUGAUAAUAAAGGGACUGAUGUUAAUCCUUAUUUUCACACUAUAACCCUGUUUAAUAUGUGAACACUGUGCACCUGUGGAUGAACACAAUAAUCAACACUACGUAAUUUCACUCGUUAUGUAACACAGUCAGUGUGCUUGGGGACUUUAGAGCCUUUCAUUGCCUCCUUUGAGAUAUGGAUUACUGUAGAAGCUUCCGGCUUAGCUUUCGAAAGGAAAUUGUACAUAUACUGUACAUAUCUCAGAGCACCUUCAUCUGAAAGUAGCUCACACCAGCUGUAGCACAGAAACAAUUAAUCAAUAAAACUGAAAUAUAUUUGAGAUAUUUAGUGUUUAAUCAUCUCUCUGUUAAUAACUUAGUAGAUACUCAGCAGAGGGAAAGGUAUAUUUUCACAUUAGUUCUUCAAAUAAAGCAUAACUCACUA